UAAGAAAAUAAUCCGUCGCUAGUGAAAACAACUUCAAUGGCGGACCACUAGAAUCUCACAAAUGUCGGAGCAGCAAUUUAAACUCAAGUUCGAUGGAGCGAAUGCAAAGGCGGUGGAUGAAUAUUUAGAAUAUUCUAGGAUUGUUGGUGACGAUGAUGGCGGAGAGUUGUUCACCCCAGAUCAGUACGAGGAGUACAAGAAAAAAGUCCUCCCCAUGAGAAUGAAGAAUCGCCUGUAUACUUGCUGGACGAGUCCCACGGGGAUGGACUGUAAAUUGGUUGGACCCGAAACCCUGUGCUUCUGCAAACAUAGAUACAAGCAACACAAGACAGACUUCGAAGCUAUACCUACAGAAAGACCGAUUCUCCUUCAAUGUCGACAAAAGGGCUGCAAGUGUGUGUCCUACAAUUACAUCCCCAUGAAUGGGAGUCAGCCCAUCCGCUGCACGUGCAAGCACACAUCAGAAGAACAUUUCGAGUUCGAACCGUUUCUCUGCAAGCGCAGGGGUUGCACAAAGUGCACGGGAUUUAAGAGUUCCUUCAGCUGCGGAUGUGGAGCCCCCGUGAAGGAGCACACUAUGAUUGUGGAGACGGGAGAGGAGAGGGAGGCCCGGGGUCACCCCCUAGGGGAGGUCAAUCCCUACGCUGCUAUGGGAGGGAUCACGGGCUUCUCGUCCUUGGCUGACGGAUACAUGCGACUAGAUCCCAGCGGAAAAGGUGCACCAAACAAAGGCUUCUUGGAGCAAUCCAUCACGUCCAACGAUAAUCCAUUUUUAAGAUCCAAUGUCCAGGCCAUCAAAGCUCACCAGAUGAAAAAAAAGGGGAAAGGUUUAACAAAUCCUGAUGAUGAAAUGUUUGAUGACAUCACAGAGCGCGUGUCUCAAAUGCGACGCCCAGGGGAAGAGGACAUGGCUUACUAUGAAAGACGGUACAAUGAGAGGCGACAAGUCGUUCCAAACAAAGCAAUGGGAUUGGACAACGAUGCCCUGCGUCCAGGUAGUAGACGAGCAAUCGAAGAAAAACCCGGGUCUGGACGUAGACCACCAUCUAAGAAGUAAAACAAGGAAAUGGCUCAGAUCCAGAUCGUCCGAAAACCGCAGACAUCCGUCAAAGUUCCCAAAAUCUAGACAAUAUCAGAACAUCAUUCUCAUAAACUUAUUGACCUCUUGCCAGUCGCCAAGCCUUUGUGAAUCCGUACGAUAGUGUGGGUUUUUCCUGUUACCUCGUCCACGCAUAAAAACACGAAAAUAAACAGAUUAGUUGUUAAUGCGUGUACAUGUACACUGUUUAUUUAGAUGAAACAUGCAUUAUAUUUCUUUGAACAUGUGAAUGGU